AUGGACGACUUGCUCAAAGAGCUCGCCGCUCUCGAGGCGGCGACCUCUUUUCUGACAUCGACACCCUCAACCAGCACAGCAGCCUUCGUGCCUGUGUCGACUACCCCAUCGAAAGGCAAGUCAAAGUCUGCAUCAGCAUCUAUCUCCGUCUCCUCCGCCCUCGACACUCUCCUUUCCCAGCUUGAGCAUGCAAAAGCUUCUCUUUCCGCAGGAGAGAAUACAGAGAUGGUAAUGAAAAGCGUGGUUGGAGGCGUAGAGGAGGCCAGGCGAGCGGUGGAAGAGAGACAGAAGGAGGGGGCUAAGGCUUACACUGAGUUUGGCAAAGCUGUCGACAAGACGUUUAACACCGGCCUGCCUUCAAUGCCCCAGCUAUUCGCCUCCCCUACCGCACGCACUGCACUUGAUCGGUCCAUCGCGACGCACUUGAUUCGCACAGGCACUUUUCCUCUAGCCGAUGUUCUCAUCACCGAGUCCGGCCUCGUCCUCCCUCCUUCCACCGCUGCACAUUUCCGCGAACUACACACGAUCCUCACAGCCCUCAAAGAGAAUAACGUGCAUCCUGCCCUAGCAUGGGCAAAGGAGAACGCAGACUUCCUGCAUUCUCGCAGCAGUCAGCUUCCUUUCAAGCUCCACAGGCACGAGUACCUGCGCCUGCUUCUCUCCUGCUCCACCCCCGCCGAAGCGAGGAUAGCCCUGGACUAUGCGCGCGCCAAUCUCACCCCUCUGUAUCCUGCACAACAGACAGACAUCCAGCUCCUGCUGAACGCUGUGCUCUACCUGCCUUUAGAACGGUUGCAGGACAGCCCGUACAAGGAUCUUGCGAGGGAUGCGAAGGAGGGUGCACAAGAGCUUUCCCCAAUGUUCACACAUGAGUGGUGUGCCCGCAUGGGACUGCCAAAUGAACCACCGCUCGAGGUUAUCGCAGACAUUGGCGGGGGACCUGCCCUGAGCGUGCUAGAGACGAAUCGGCGCAAGAUGGCCAAGGCGAGGAACGAAUGGAGUAGUGUGAACGAGCUGCCGGUGCGCCUUCUUCCCUGUCCUCAUGUCGAGCUACCUGUUCCCGUCAAGCACCGCUAUCACACCGUUGUCUGCUGCCCCGUCGUGCGUGAACCGACAAGCGAGGAGAACCCACCUAUGCUCCUCACCUGCGGUCACGUCAUCUCCAAGGAGGCGAUCACGCGUCUACAGAAAGGCUCCCAAAGGAUCAAAUGUCCAUAUUGUCCGGUGGAGAGCAACGCCAACCAGGCGCUUAGGCUGUACUUCUAA